AUGAGGGGGGUGACGACCGAGGUGGCGACGUCUUCCGUGAGACGACGGAAUAAAUUCCGAGCUUGGAGAAAUGGCGUGGGAUAUUCAAAACCUCCGACCAAAGUUAUUGGUGGAUUGAACGCCUCGCCCCAGGAGUUUCCGUACCAGGUAUCGCUGCAGAAGCGGGGUUUUCACUUCUGCGGUGGAAGUAUCAUCACACAUAGUCAUAUCCUGACUGCUGCUCACUGCCUUUAUACCCCUGAUGAAUACGAGCCCCUUCGCCCUGAAGCAAUUGAAGUUGUCACGGCUGUUACAGACACCAGACACCAUAUUCCUGGCUAUGUCCAUGGAGUUGUCGCAUGGGAUCAUCCCCCGGAGUACACUCCUAAGGGAACUUUGCAAACAAGAAUGUUCUUCAACGAAUGGCGGCUGCCGAUCAAUCUAACAAGCGCUUACACACUUCCCGGUGAAUCGGUCACAGCCACUGGCUGGGGGGUAGCUAAAUGGCAGGGAAACAAGAGCAAAGGUGUGAGAUUAUUGCAAAAACUCGAAAUGUUUAUUGUCGAUUUGGAAGAAUGCACAAAACUUCAUCAGCCCGUAGAAGUCAAUGAGGGCAACAUCUGUGCCAUAGGCAGGACAGGAACAGCAGUGUGCAAGGGAGACAGCGGUGGUCCUUUAGUUCACGACGGCGAACUAGUCGGUGUAGUGUCAUGGGGCGUGCCAUGUGCUCAAGGCCUUCCCGAUGUUUUCACAAGUGUCGCCUAUUAUCUUCCAUGGAUCGAGUCAGUCUUGUAAUAUUAAUGGCAGACCUGAUGUAUUAUGUCCUGUCGAGCACGAUCAUUCGAAAUUACGAUUAAACAAUUUUUCUUGAA